AUUGACAGUGCAUGCUAUAGUUUUAUCAUAUUAUUGUAUUAUCCUGAAUAAGAGUAGGGGAUAUACUACUAUUUUUGUGAGAGUUUUCAGCGUUAAAUCUUCUCACUUUUACCUGUGACGCAGGUGGUCUUUAUUGGAAAAGUAUAGCUGCAAAGCCUCAAAGCUUCACCUGAAGCCCCGGAGAUUUAAAAUAUUUUUAGAAGCCUUGGAGCAUCAACUAUUGAAGGACCGAAAGAAGAAUGUAAGGAAGCGACCCCUGCAGGGGGGGAAUUGUCUUCCUCCUGUGCCUACCACAGUCUCAAAUCAGGGUAGAGCAUCAGGAAACGAGGCCCGUGCAGUUAAACUGGUUCUUGUUGAUAGUCAAAAUAUUUUAAAAUUGGGACCUUCAAAAUCAUCAAUGAAGCGCAAUAUAAACAUGGGUGUUAGCCGGAGUAACACUAAGGGAGAUUCAAAUACCAUGAAAUCGACAAGGCAACGAAAGAAAUCUGGUAUGAUUUCAACUGCUGCAUAUCGAAAAUGGGAGAAGGCUGCAAUUGCUGGCGUUUCUUUAGUUGCAGAUGCUGCGGAGCAUUUGGAGCGAGCUGCAACUGUUAGAGAGAUUGAACAAGACCAGGAGAAUCCAGGAGAAAAGUGUUCUGAUCCAACUGAUUAUGUCCUGCCAUCUUUACCCUCAUGUCCGCAAAAUCAAUUUGUUGAUAACAAUGUGAAUAGUAUGAAACUUAAGCUCCAGUUAUUCCCAAUCGAUGAACCCACUCGAAGAGCAUUGGAAGUGGAUAAGCAUAAUCCUCACCUGGAGCUUACACUUAGUACUCGAAAGAAGAUAUCCUCAAUUUUGGAACAUCUAAACCGUAAAUGGGGUCAUUCUAGCAUAGCAGUUGGAGAAUUAAUGCUUUUUCCUUAUGGUGUUCAACGGGAAAAUUUGUUUAAUUAUCAGAGAUGGUCCCAGGAAUCUACUCUGAGUGCAGCUGAUAUUUAUGCAAUGAUUGGAAGUCCACCCAUAUUUCGUUUAAGGUAUGGUUGGUUCUCCAAUUCUGAACUUGGGUUAUUAAAUAUGCAAGUGCCUGUAGCAUCCGGCUCCAUCCUCACACAAUCCAAACGUAGUGUGUAUAAUUCUAAGGAUCAGAUUGUGAAUUCAGUUUCAUUUCCUACGGCAGCAGCUAAUGCUCAUUCCAUGGAGCUCUCUGAAGGUUGCAGAAUAUCCAUGAACAGAAACCAUACUCUCAUGACCUCCUCACCUGGUGUGCCUAACACUAGAGGCAACAGUGCUUACCUCAAUACAAGCUCUGAGGAAUCUCGUCAUCCUACAGCCAACACAUUGUGGCAUCAAAAAGAUGUCGGGGAUGAAGCUGUAACUACGCAGUUAGAAGACUUGGAAGAGUUAAAAUUAAGCAGUGGAACAGGACUGUCAGCUGGAGAAUGGGCUGACAGUCUUACCAACAUUAGUGUGGGGGAUCUACUUUCAGGAGUGUCCCAGGAUCUCGAAGAUGACUGCAUCAAUCCUCCUAUUGCUGAUAAUUGUCAUGAUGUUCAGCAAGUUCCUUUUAGUAGCUGUAACAUCCCAAUUAUAUAA